AUGCUCUGCGGGCUCUGGUCCAGGCCCCUGGUCGUUUCUGGCUCAUGCUACGCGUCGCCAGACAGCCGACGACCAGCGACUUCGGAGAGAGACGGGUGCGCCGUGACUCGUAGGGAUGACGAGGGUCCUCCUCAGGCUGAUAUUCCUGAAACCUUUCCUGGCAAAAGCGCGCUAUAUCGGACGACUACCGCCCGGGACACUGUCCCGGUCAAAGAGGAGGCCAAAGAGACAGUACAGUCAAGCGUCGUCGUAAACGAGCCCCCUCCUGCGUGUCCUUACCCAUAUAUAUCGCCUCCGCCAAUAUUUGUGCAGCAGCAACUCGUACUGUAUCUCUUCAGAGGCCCAGCGACAAGAAACAUUCACUAUUCCCUCAUCCGUCUCCCCCCAUUCGAGAAAGACACCCAAAAGAAGGUCAUGGUCGUCAACACAUUCGUUAUCCAUCCCUGCUAA